AGGGGCCAUCUAACUGCUGUGCCUUGGCCCAGAGCAGACGGCGCCGAGAUUCUGCUGGGGCCUAGGUACCUUGGAUUCUCCUGCUGUUUCCAAAAAAUAAGGGGGAAUCGACUGCAUGAAGGCUCGGUAGUCACUGGGGAAACCAACCUCCUCCCUUUUCUCUCCUCCACACACAAAGGUCCUGCAUGUCUAACAUUUAGACAUGUUCAGCUUUGUGACUUCAAGGACUGUAGUGCUGCUCGCAGCCACCCAGGUCAUUUUACUAGCCGUUGUCAGAUGUCAGGAUGAGGAUAUCCAGGAGGCAGGCAGCUGUGUGCAGCAUGGGCAGAGGUAUAGUGAUAAGGAUGUGUGGAAACCUGAGCCCUGCCGGAUCUGUGUCUGUGACACUGGGACUAUCCUCUGCGACGAGAUAAUCUGCGAAGAAAUGAGAGACUGUCCCAGCCCCGAGAUCCCCUUCGGAGAAUGCUGCCCUAUCUGCCCAACUGACCAACCUGCUGUCAGCGGGCAACCUGGCCCCAAGGGACAAAAAGGGGAACCCGGUGAUAUUAAAGAUGUCGUAGGACCAAGAGGACCACCUGGACCACAGGGACCUGCAGGGGAACAAGGACCAAGGGGCGACCGUGGGAAUAAAGGAGAAAAAGGUCCUCCUGGCCCUCGGGGUAGAGAUGGCGAACCUGGUACCCCUGGAAACCCCGGACCCCCAGGGCUCGUGGGUCCCCCAGGGCCCCCUGGGCUUGGCGGAAACUUUGCUGCUCAGAUGGCGGGAGGAUUCGAUGAGAAGGCUGGUGGCGCUCAGAUGGGUGUGAUGCAGGGACCUAUGGGACCUAUGGGACCGCGAGGACCUCCGGGACCAUCGGGAGCUCCUGGCCCUCAAGGAUUUCAAGGCAACCCUGGAGAGCCUGGGGAACCUGGAUCUUCUGGUCCAAUGGGUCCCCGAGGGCCUCCCGGACCCGCUGGAAAACCCGGUGAUGAUGGCGAAGCAGGCAAACCCGGCAAAUCUGGUGAACGCGGAUCCCCUGGCCCUCAGGGUGCGCGAGGCUUCCCAGGAACCCCAGGUCUCCCAGGAAUUAAAGGUCACAGAGGUUACCCUGGGUUAGACGGCUCCAAAGGAGAAGCAGGAGCUGCCGGUGCUAAGGGCGAAGCUGGAUCACCGGGUGAGAAUGGUUCUCCUGGUCCCAUGGGGCCCCGUGGUCUCCCAGGCGAAAGAGGACGUCCCGGCUCAUCCGGUGCUGCUGGUGCUCGUGGCAACGACGGUCUCCCUGGCCCAGCUGGUCCCCCUGGACCCGUCGGCCCCUCCGGAACUCCUGGAUUCCCUGGCGGCCCAGGCUCUAAGGGGGAAGCUGGCCCCACUGGCGCUCGAGGCCCUGAGGGUGCCCAAGGCCCCAGAGGUGAAUCUGGCACUCCCGGCUCCCCCGGACCUUCAGGGGCACCCGGUAACCCUGGAACUGACGGCAUCCCUGGCGCUAAAGGAUCAGCUGGCGCUCCUGGAAUUGCUGGUGCCCCCGGCUUCCCUGGGCCACGUGGGCCUCCCGGGCCUCAAGGUGCAACGGGGCCUCUGGGUCCCAAAGGUCAGACGGGAGACCCUGGCAUUGCAGGCUUCAAAGGCGAACAAGGCCCCAAAGGUGAAUCUGGCCCCGCAGGGCCACAGGGAGCACCCGGCCCAGCUGGCGAAGAAGGCAAGAGAGGUGGCCGUGGUGAGCCCGGUGCUGCUGGGCCUGUCGGACCCCCUGGAGAGAGAGGCUCUCCUGGAAACCGCGGCUUCCCAGGUCAGGAUGGUCUCGCUGGGCCCAAGGGUGCCCCUGGCGAGCGUGGUCCUGCUGGCCUCGGGGGGCCUAAAGGAGCCACUGGUGAUCCUGGACGUCCCGGAGAACCCGGCCUGCCCGGCGCUAGGGUGAGAAUGAAGGGGAGAUGGCAUCAGCUCCCAGCCAAGCUUGGCCUUGACAACUGGUGUGCCUCCCUGCAGGGUACCGCUGGUGAGGACGGUCGCCCGGGCCCACCGGGCCCCCAAGGUGCUCGCGGGCAGCCUGGCGUCAUGGGUUUCCCAGGGCCAAAAGGUGCUAACGGUGAGGCUGGUAAAGCUGGAGAGAAAGGAUUGCCUGGCGCCCCUGGUCUGAGAGGUCUUCCUGGCAAAGAUGGUGAGACAGGAGCUUCCGGCCCCCCUGGACCUGCCGGGCCUGCUGGCGAGAGGGGUGAACAGGGCUCGCCAGGUCCUUCUGGCUUCCAGGGACUCCCCGGCCCCCCAGGUCCUCCAGGCGAAGGUGGCAAGCCAGGAGAUCAGGGCGUCCCCGGCGAAGCUGGCACCCCAGGCCUUGUGGGUCCCCGAGGUGAACGUGGCUUCCCGGGUGAACGUGGCUCUCCAGGUUCACAAGGUCUGCAGGGCGCUCGAGGGCUCCCCGGAACUCCUGGUACCGACGGACCCAAGGGUGCGACUGGUCCAUCCGGCCCUACUGGUGCCCAAGGUCCCCCCGGUCUGCAGGGGAUGCCCGGUGAGAGGGGAGCAGCUGGUAUUUCCGGACCAAAGGGAGACAGGGGUGAUAUCGGUGAGAAAGGCCCAGAAGGAGCUCCCGGCAAGGACGGCGGAAGAGGUUUGACAGGUCCGAUCGGGCCCCCUGGCCCUUCUGGCCCCAACGGCGAGAAGGGUGAAUCGGGUCCCCCAGGCCCAUCUGGUGCUGCCGGCACCCGCGGCGCCCCGGGUGAUCGUGGCGAGCCUGGAGCCCCUGGCCCUGCUGGAUUUGCUGGACCUCCCGGCGCUGACGGCCAACCCGGCGCUAAGGGUGAACAAGGAGAAUCUGGCCAGAAGGGAGACGCUGGGGCCCCGGGUCCACAGGGUUCUUCCGGUGCUCCUGGCCCACAGGGUCCCACUGGUGUGACUGGUCCUAAGGGAGCUCGAGGUGCGCAGGGACCCCCUGGAGCCACCGGAUUCCCCGGCGCUGCAGGACGUGUCGGCCCUCCCGGCCCUAACGGUAACCCAGGCCCAGCUGGCCCACCAGGUGCUUCUGGCAAAGAUGGUCCCAAGGGCGCUCGUGGUGAUGGGGGCCCACCGGGCCGUUCUGGUGACCCUGGUCUCCAAGGCCCUGCCGGUGCCCCUGGUGAGAAGGGCGAGUCCGGGGAAGAUGGCCCACCUGGUGCCGACGGGCCACCUGGUCCUCAAGGUUUGGCAGGCCAGCGAGGUAUUGUCGGUCUUCCCGGCCAGCGUGGUGAGAGAGGUUUCCCGGGACUGCCGGGUCCCUCCGGUGAGCCUGGCAAACAAGGCGCCCCUGGAGGUGCUGGCGACCGAGGGCCACCUGGUCCUGUGGGUCCCCCAGGUCUGACUGGUCCCUCUGGUGAACCUGGGCGCGAGGGCACCCCCGGAUCUGAUGGCCCCCCUGGCAGAGAUGGGGCAGCUGGAGUGAAGGGUGAUCGCGGUGAGACUGGUGCUGUCGGUUCUCCUGGUGCUCCCGGGCCUCCUGGCUCCCCGGGUCCUGUUGGUCCAACUGGCAAACAGGGAGACAGAGGAGAAUCUGGCGCUCAAGGCCCCAUGGGUCCCUCCGGCCCCGCAGGCGCACGCGGCAUGCCGGGUCCUCAAGGUCCUCGCGGUGACAAGGGCGAAGCUGGAGAGGCUGGUGAGAGGGGUCUGAAGGGUCACCGAGGAUUCACUGGUUUGCAGGGUCUUCCUGGACCUCCCGGUACAUCUGGAGAUCAAGGUGCUACUGGUCCUUCUGGUCCUUCUGGUCCCAGGGGUCCCCCAGGCCCUGUUGGUCCCUCUGGCAAAGAUGGUUCAAAUGGCAUGCCCGGUCCGAUUGGUCCUCCAGGUCCUCGCGGUCGUAGUGGUGAAACCGGACCUGCUGGUCCCCCUGGAAACCCUGGACCCCCUGGACCUCCCGGCCCCCCAGGCCCUGGCAUUGACAUGUCGGCCUUCGCCGGUUUGGGCCAGGUUGAGAAAGGCCCUGACCCUAUGCGCUACAUGCGAGCUGACCAGGCCUCUAGCGACCUGCGCCAGCAUGAUGUCGAGGUCGACGCCACUCUGAAAUCCCUCAACAACCAGAUCGAAAGCAUCCGCAGCCCCGAGGGCUCCAAGAAGAACCCAGCCCGGACCUGCCGUGACCUUAAACUCUGCCACCCUGAGUGGAAGAGCGGUGACUACUGGAUCGACCCUAACCAGGGCUGUACCUUGGAUGCCAUUAAGGUUUUCUGUAACAUGGAGACUGGUGAGACAUGCGUCUAUCCCAACCCCUCCAGCAUUCCCAAGAAGCACUGGUGGACCAGCAAGAGCAAGGAGAAGAAGCAUAUCUGGUUUGGAGAGACCAUCAAUGGUGGAUUCCACUUUAGCUAUGGAGAUGACAACCUGGCCCCUAACACUGCCAACAUCCAGAUGACCUUCCUGCGCCUCCUGUCCACCGAAGGCUCCCAGAACAUCACCUACCACUGCAAGAACAGCAUUGCCUACAUGGACGAGGCUUCCGGCAACCUGAAGAAAGCCAUCCUGAUACAGGGAUCCAAUGACGUCGAGAUCAGAGCCGAGGGCAACAGCAGAUUCACAUACAGUGCCUUGGUGGAUGGCUGCACGAAACACACUGGCAAAUGGGGCAAAACAGUCAUUGAAUACCGAUCACAGAAGACCUCGCGCCUGCCCAUCAUUGAUGUUGCACCUAUGGACAUUGGUGGAGCCGAUCAGGAGUUUGGCGUUGACAUUGGGCCAGUCUGCUUUUUGUAAAAAGAAAAAAAAAACAUUUUUUUAAAAAAUCCAGUCCAAUUCCAUUAAUAAAACCCAAAACAAACCAACCCCCCCCACCCACCCCAAGGACCUGAGUACUUUCCAAUCACUUGUAUGACUUCUGCACUGAAUGGGUGAUUCAAUCCCCCAAUUGCCAUACAUCCACACGCUUACAUUUUGGACUAUUGUCUAUUUCUAAAGCCAUCACUGGGCAGACCGUGAAAUAAAAUCACAGUGUUAUUUAUUUAUUGUCUUCCUGUAAGACCUCUUGUUGGGUCAGACGGAGGUGGGAAUCUAACUGGCAGGUGUGAAGGCCCCUCCUUACAAAAUGGAUGUCCCAAGUAACCAAUCCUUCUCCCCCCCAGUGUAAAUCGUCAGCAGGAGUACUGUGUAUAAUACAACAAAAAUGGUGCUAUUAUUGUAAAACAAGUCUGUAUUUUUUAACAUCAAUUGAUAUAAAAAAAAACUUUGUUGGAAAGUACAAGUUGAUCUGAGGUUUUAUUUUUUGUCUCUAUCCGUAGAAAGUUCCAGCAUUCUAACGCUUUCCCUUCAUCCCUUUCUCGGUUUGUUAACUCCCCCCCCCCCCCCCCAC